AAAGGUACAUAUUCUUGGCUCAGCAAGAAGUCUAUUUUGCUCGACUUAUCUAUAACAGACGAGCAAUUUCUUGACGUUUGCAUUCUUGCGGGAUUUGAAAUUUGUAAUACUUUUCCACCUCUUAAUUCCGAGUAUAGUACUUUCACUUUCAAAAGUGUACAUGAUUUAGUUAAACAACAUCGUACUGGAUUCAAUGCCGUUCAAAACUAUGCAGAGCAUGCGGGAGUAAUAAAAUCCAACUACGUGGAUACAUAUUGUCGCACAAGGUGUGCUAUUAAAUAUCAUAUGGUGUUGACAGAUGAUGGAAAAAUUGAACCUUUAAAUGUUGAAAAUGCGCCAACUGACAUUCAUGAUGUUAUUGGGUAUCGCUUACCCGAUGAAAUAUAUUAUUAUUUGUCCAAGGGUUUAAUGUCACCUCAGGUUUGGCAGUAUUAUGUAUAAGUAAAUUUAUCACUCGUAAUUUUUUUUAAUCUUACUGAGUAUAAUCGCGUGUAAUCUCUUAGGUUAUUAAUACUUUAAUUUCUGGUGUCCUUAUCGAAAACUCGCCUUUGUGCAACGGCGAAACGAUAGAAUAUAGACAAUUCCUUAGUCAGUUACUUGAGCUUCGAACUCAAGCCAUGGGUUUGCUUACACAACCUUUACACCAGUUUUAUCAAUCCAGGCGGGUUGUUAGUGUUUACUGGUUUGAACCAAGUAACGAACACCAUUUGAAUCAUAAUGUAGUCCCAAGCGUUCAUGAGAUUUUAAAUACUUGGAAUGUUUUGGAAAGAGGAUUAGAGGAAGAAAAAAAAGCGCAAAAACAUCCGUUAUUGAUAUUGCUUUCUGUUUGAAGGCAACAGCGACAGAAGAUCAGGCUGC